CAGCAGCCAACUGCGAGCAUCUACCACAACAACAGAGAACACUGCAAGGCGAGAAGGCGACUCUGGGAUUGACGGAAGGACAGAGGAACAGUGAGGCCAGAUAUCUGAACUCUCACAGCAUCACAGCAGUAAUGUUUUCUGCUUCAAGACGUUGCUUGAACUUCCAGUAAGCUGCCGACUAUGCCAUUCUGAAGCACCUGAAAUUAAGCUGUUCAACGUCAAGCUCUCACCUGCUCCAUACUUUAUUAAUGACCACUGGGACUGACGCACUGCAGCAUUGACAGAUGCACACAGAUGACAGCAGACAGGACAAGAACCCUCGCUGAAUUACUUAAGGUUUGAUCAAAACUGGAAAGUACAGUCACAGCAAACUAGACAUAGUUAUAAGGACAGUGAUUUUUCAUUAAAGUCUCCAAGCCUGACUUUAAAUGUUUUCCUGGUACAGUUGAAAUGAUUAGCAGGGUUAUUAGGGCCUUUGGUACAAUGUCUUUGAAUACUCUGUCUGAAUUUUAUCAGUACUAUAACUGUAAAUAUAACUGAGCAUGAUUAGACAUUAAGUGAGGAAAGGACUGCUGCGACUGGAGCGAUGUUCUUUAAAUAACUGUUUGUGAUUGGCCAGCGGGCUGGUUGGCAAGCAAGCCAGCCAGUGACGAGAUGCCCUCAAAGGUGUCGUGUCUGUACCUGCUCACAGUGCUCUGCUGGGCCAGCGCUCUCUGGUACCUCAGUGGCUCCCGGCCCUCCACCGCCUACGUGGGCCAGAUGUCCAUCCCCAUCCGCAAGCAAUCACCCAGGCUCCUGAAGAACAUGACCUUCAGCAACAUCCGUACGCGCACUCUCAACCCACACAGCUUCCGCUUCCUCAUCAAUGAGCCAAGCAAGUGUGAAGGCACCGCACCCUUCCUCCUCAUCCUCAUCAGCACCAACCACAAGGAGUUUGAUGCACGGCAGGCUAUCCGGGAGACGUGGGGCGAUGAGAGCUUGUACAGUGAGAUUCGCAUUGUCACACUCUUCCUUCUUGGCCACAAUUCUGAGCCCGUGCUCAACCAGAUGGUGGAGCAGGAGAGUCAGAUUUUCCAUGACAUCAUCGUGGAAGACUUCGAAGACUCCUACCACAACCUAACCUUGAAGACCCUGAUGGGAAUGCGCUGGGUGUCCUCCUUCUGUCCCAACGCCCAGUAUGUCAUGAAAACUGACAGUGACAUCUUCGUCAACAUGGACAAUCUUGUUCUGAACCUCCUGAGACCAAAUGCCAAGCCCAGGCAGCGUUUCUUCACAGGGCAUGUAAUAAAUGGAGGGCCCAUCCGGGACACUCGCAGCAAGUGGUACAUGUCUCGGGAGAUGUACCCCGAGAGCAAGUACCCACCUUUCUGUUCCGGAACUGGGUAUGUGUUCUCCGGAGACAUGGCAGAGUUGAUCUAUAAGACUUCCCUCCACACGCCCCUCAUUCACCUCGAGGACGUGUAUGUAGGCAUGUGCUUGCGCAAGCUGGGGGUUCACCCCAUCCAGAACAGUGGCUUCAACCACUGGAAGAUGAGCUACAGCCUCUGCCGGUACCGCAGGGUGGUCACUGUGCACCAGAUCUCACCAGAGGAGAUGCACAGGAUAUGGAACGACAUGUCUAGCAAGAAGCAUCUCAAGUGUUAACAAAGACCAGACACUGCUGGUUUGGGGAGAAAGAACAUGCUUUACAUCACCGCUUGGCUAUUCACAGACCCUUAAUGAUGCUUUUUGAUGAUUUUAUAAUCUCAAAACUCAAAUUGCAAGUGGUUCAGUUGUGGUCUAUGGUUUAUGGCAGGGGUGGCCAAUAUUAUCUGCAAAGGGCCACUGUGGCUGCAGGUUUUCAUUCCUACAGUGCAGGAGAUCACAUGAUCCUUUGUUUGACAGCUAAGCCAUUAAUCAAACUAGUGGAAUCAGGUGUUCUCUCGCUUGUUUGGAAUGCCCUUUGCAAAUAAGUUUGGACACCCCUGGUCUAUGGUAAAGAGUCUCGCAGGCCAGGCGUGAUGUCAUAACAAGAACAUUUGGGGACAACUAUAAGAAGCAUAGGUGUAAACGUUGACUUAGGUUGUGAACAAAUUGGGGGUGUCAUUUCUAAACCAGUUCAUCACCUAAUGAAGGAUGAUGUUAGAGUAGGGGGCGAAGACGCAUUUGUCAGAGUUUUCCAACAGACAGCAGGCCUGUCGUUAGCCUAUUGUCGUUUUCAUACAAUUAACAGUUCCACCAGGGAGAUCUCCAAAUCCCUAAAAAUUACAGACCCAAUCCCAUUUCACCCCUUGCCUGUACCACUUAGGCCUUAGCCUUUUACCACUAAACCACUCUGUUUUGCACAUUCAUGUCUAGGGUUAGGGUGUCCCAAUAUUUGUUGAGAUAGAGGGGUAGGGGCAAGUGUUAGGGCUAUUUAGCCCUUCAUAUGGAGGGUUUUCAGAAGCUCUGAGUGUUAAGAGAAAAAAGAAAAUCAGGCAAACUGACUGCGCAAGCGACCAAAGAAACCCACAAAUGUGAAUUUUCUCUAUUAACAAAUUAUGACCACUGCAUUAUUUUAUUAUCUUAAUGUUGUCUCAUUGCAUUAUAGUGGUUUUCUUCAUAACAAGCAUUAAAAGAUUGCUAAUAGCAUGCUAAUGUCUCGGUAGCUAGCUAGUUAAUUUUCCCGUUCCACCUUAAAUGGUCCAACUGUACUGAUGCCUGAAGUGCCAGAAUGUAACUGCUGCACCAUUUAAGGCGGAAUGGGAAAAUUCAAACAAAAAGCUGGUGAAUAUCUGACUUCAGCUUCGUAUCACCAAAGAAUUGGCAGUGGGCAAAAAUAAAUCUUAUACCCCCUUUCUGAAACCAUAUGAUGCCCUAAAUGUAACUAAAGUGAUGAUGCUGAACUUUCCCCUCCUCUGCUCUCGCUGAAGAUGGGCUGGUUCACCUACAGAGCACCACUAGUAGCUGUUCUUUUCUAUAUAUAUUUUUGAGGGUUGUCCCAUUUCUUGGGGCAAGAUUUCAACCACUACCCCUUGUAACUCAGUUCCAAGUGGUUAGGGUGACACUCUACAACAAUGGGUAGGGGUUAAAAGAAGAAAUGGGAUUGGGCCCAUUAGCAACGGAUUUCAUCGCAGUCCAGCACCAAACCUUUAACAAGUUGUCCCUAAAGGUGUAUUCUCAUUAUGAGAUCUGGCCCCUCAUAGAGUGGUUCUGUUGUAGAGGGACCUACAAGGUCUUUGUGUAUUAAUAUGAGCAGGUUCAUGUAAUCACAUUAAGAAUGUGUAAGGCAAAAUAUCCCAGAUCAGCAACUUCAGGUCUUUGAUGAAGCUCUGCAGCUGACUGGUUUCAAAGUCAUUCAGUUAAAACCUGAGCCGGGCAUGAAUGUUGUGCUGCAUAGUAUUGGUCGAAUGUGUGGGUAACCACUUUGUUCAUUUACUUUCUAAUUUCAAGAUUCAAAUAUACACAAGUCUGAUAGACCAUCAGUACCGUACGCCUGCCUCAGAGUCAGCAGAGAGCUACCAGCACAAAGCUGCAGUGUCCUGAUUUUUGCCAUUAGCUAAAAUCCUCAAUCCUACUUAAAACAUUGACUGAUCAAUUCAGUGUUGUCUUUGUAUUCAUAACUUUGUUGAUCCACAACUGUGCAAAUAUGAAGAAAAAAUACACCAGCAAGGGGCAAACAGGGGACAAGACAGUGAAGGAAACCUUAAUAACAACUUUGUCAGGCUAACAGGAGCUUAGAUUUGCUUGGAUGCACUGAGAUGCACAUAACAAAAAAAUGUGUGCAGCAGGCUGUGCAACUCAAAGUUACACACUGCAGAAUGCAAACAGGACAUUUCAUUUAAUCUGAGCUAAGUUUUUUGCUUGCUGUCACAGUAGAUCUGUGCCUCUGACAGAGGAAUCAGCAGAAACUUGUUUAACAUUUAGGUUUUUUAUAAGACAGCAAGACACCAGAUUCAUCACAUAAAAUAUAUCUGCAUAUCUAACAUUUAACCUUACUAGUGAGACAGGGCUGGCCUGUUUGGCUCCUGAUGGCUCCUAGUCCAAAACCCCUGGAGUAUUAAUCCAAGUGGUGUCAUAAACAAAAUCUGUGUAUAUUUUCAGCAGCUUUGCAAAGCAGUAGAGCUCAGUAGUGAACCGUAAUUAAACAAUUAAAAUAAAGUAAUGCCAAAAUAAAUGUACCAAUUCUCUGAGUAUAUUGAGAGAACACAUGGACACAAGGCCUCAUACAGACACACAUGCACACAUUUGCAACCCACAUGGCGUCGAUGUAUACAGACACAUAAAGUGCAGAUUGUACAUUAUUGGAAGUGAAGACAGUUUUUGGUUUUGUAUUCCAGCAUUUUACUUUACAUGAAACAAUAAUUAUGAGGUUAAAGUGCACUGUAUCUUCUCUGGUGAGGCUCUGCCGGGGCUGUCACAUGUCCACUUUUGGUUCCUGUUUGUUUUGAGGGCCUUCAGUAAGUGAAAUUCAUGGUGGUCAUAUUAUUGACUUAGUUAAGAACAGCCCACCCUUUGGCCAUAGUAGCUUUUGCAGUAUUUUUCAGGUUAAGUAUCUCCUGCAAGGUGAUACUUGUAUAGUAGUCUUUGACAUGAUACUGUGCAAAAGUUUGAGACCAAGUUUAAUUUAUUUGAUUUCCAUUCGAAACGGUCAUUAAGUACAACAUUCAUUUUUCAGGAGAUAUAACUCUGGGUGUCAACCCCAAAGUCCAGACCUCAACAUGUUCAGUAUGUUUGGGGUUUUUUUAAAAUAUAGUGUCCACUUACUGUCCUCUGAAUUAGACACUCCUAGCAUAUUGGUCCAUCUCAUAGAUGUAAAGUCAGAGAUGGCAGCUCAGUUGUUGCUGCACAUUUUGUGUUGGUCUUCUCUGUCCACAGGACACGAUUGGCUGUUUUUUUUUUUUGUUGUUUUUUUUUUUGGUGGACUGUUCUCAGUCCAGCAGUGGCA